GAGAAUUUGAAAUGCUGCAAAUGUCAUUUAUCUGGAACAUUCUAAACAAACAUUAGAUCGCUGAAUGUAAGGCUGAUUUAGAUAUAAGGCAUAUGAUCAGUAUCAAAUUCUUAAAUGAUUAUGAGAGGAUUUUUGCAAUUUAUCAAGAUAACCAAACGGAUUUGAAGAUUUUAUUCUGACGUUGACAAAUAAAGAACAAUGCUUUCAAAAAUUGGAUUAUUAAUGCUUAUAUUUGUUGGCAGGGUGAGAAGUUUGAAUUUUACGGAGGAUUCUGUUCUUGAUGUGAUCACUGGUAGCUUUUAUGACUGCAAAGAAAAGUGUGAGGCGCGGGUAUCUUGUUUGGAUAUGUUCUAUGAUCGUCGGUACAAAAUUUGCAUCCUGUACAAAUCGGACAACCAUUCCUUUUCAAGAGAGUUUCCUCAUUAUGUGAAAGAUCCAGCACUAAAAAUUGAGCAAGAAUAUGUUACUGGAUGUGAUGGAUGUUCGCGUGAAAAUUGUGUACAGAGAAAUAGCAACUAUACAUGCUUUGUGACUGUUUGUCCUACCCCUGCCAAAAUACAAGAUGCUGCUAUUUUAGGAAACUCAAACUCUGUUGGGGCUAAGAAACAAUAUGAAUGUCGUGCAGAAAUGGAAAUGCAAAAUAAAUACAUGAUUGAAUGUCAGACAGAUGGGCUUUGGUCUGAGCACAAUUUUUCAUGCGAAAGCAAUAAAUGUGAACUACAGGGCUACUCAUUAUCUUUUGGAAACUGGAAAGCAGAGCGACUCAAUCAAACACAUUUUUAUGCAGAUGUCACGUGCUUUUCUGGAUAUGAAUUGCGCAUGCCGGAAGUAGCUGUUUGCGAUGCUAAGACAGGAGUAUGGACCGGACUGGGAUGGAUUUGCUGCGAGAAAUUUACAAGUUCUAUUGGUUUGAAGAUUUUUUACUAUCCUGCAUAUAGAGAUGGAAAUGUUUUUCAGAAAUACAAGCUUGGGGAAGAUUUUAAUAACGAUGGGUAUCGGAAAUGGUGUGUGUAUAGAAAUGCCAGCGUUUUUGAAAACUGGGUAGACUAUGCUAUAGACACUGUAACGGUACGUGCUUUAAAAAAUCACGAAGUUGUUGCAAAUUUAACGUUUAAUGGCAUCGGGUCAACACAUAUGAAUUGGUUUAGAAAGGACAGAUUGAUAAGAAGUUCGUGGCAUGAUCUCAACAAAACGACUGACACCCAUUUCUUUGGCAUCAAUGGUAUAAAUAAUCUGUUGAAAACACAGCGAUUUCUAAUCAGUGAAAACACCGAAACAGAUGAUUCCUGUUGGAAUGAUAAAAUAUGGUUGGCCAUUACAUGGAGUGAUAAUCCAUGCGGAGACACGUCGAACUAUGGUGCUCCUAGAAUACUUUACGCUGAAAACAACACUGUCUCACGGCUUGUUGUAGAUGAAGUUGGAUUUGCAGAUAUGCUUGACAUCUGGAUAAAUCUGAUCGUGUGAAAUUGUCUAGAUUUGUUAACACGGGAAUCAACCUUGUGUAUGCCUGCUUGCGUGUUCUCGUGUCUGUCGUGUUUGUUUGCUUUCUGAUGUUUCUGAAGUCAUCUUGCAUUUGAGUAAUCUAAUACCGCAUAUACACA